AUGCCGUCUGCUCGCGAGCUAGCGACUGUGCUCGAAUUCCUCCAGACGGGCGCUGCAUCGCGCCGUCUGCCUGGGGUAAAGUCACUGCAGUUUCGUGUCCCCAAAAAGUUUAGCGACCGACGCGAUUGGACAUUGAUGCGCCGCGAACUCCCUCGCUUGGUGUACGCGAAUCCUGCCCUGCAAGUGGAUGUGGAACAUCCGAACGAUGAGCCACCCAGCAUGCAAGUUCAAUUUUCGAAUAUGCCUGCCCGCACCAUUGUGUUUGGUGAAAAAAACGCGUCGGAUAUCGUACGUGAGCUGAUGACGAUGGCCCAAUUCACAGAGAAGCCUGCCUCGUCAUAA